AUGAAGGCAAUGAAGUUAGAGAUGGAAGCCAUGAAGGCAGACAAGGUGGUAAAAGAUGAACAACUUCAUAUGCUAUACUCUGUCAUGGAGAGUCAUUUCAAGAUAGAUGUUCAUGUUGCAUUCAAUGAGAUAGAAGUGAAAAGAACUGAAGAAAGAAGAAUGGAACGUGAAAGACGUCUAGCUGAAGAAGCCACCCAAAAGAACAAAGGUGUGAUUGAUGAUACUCAAGAUGCUGGUGGAUCGUCAAGUCAACCUGAAAUUAAUGGUUCAUCAAACCAAGAAGAUAUAGAAAUGGUUGAUGCUGAAAAUGUUCAGGAACAUGUUAAUCAAGACUUCAUGAUGGUUGGAGAGUCUUCUGAGCCUUUGGAUGCUGAAAAUGUUCUUAGAAAAGUGGCUGUUAUUCAAAUAAAGAAAAAGGCUAGAGAAAUGUUGUUAUUAGAGUGGAAGACAGAUCAGUUCGUACUUGUUGGUGAUGCCUAUCCAGUGCCUUACAAUGUUCAACAAGUUGCUCGUGAAAUGAAAGUUAAAGAAAGGAGAAGAAAGGGAAAGAAAGCUCGUGGAGAAAUCGUUGAUGAUGACUCCGAUGUAAAGCUAUUUGGAGAUGAUGAAGAAGAAAAUGAAGAUGAUAAUGAUGAAAAGGAUGACAAGCCUGAUGAUCAUGAUGAUAAAGAUGAUAAGGGAGAUGAUGAUAACAAUGAGGGUGCUUCCGGGUUAUUGAUCAGAGAUCCAAUUGUUCAAGAAAGAAUCAAUGAAUUGAUGAAUGAUGAGAUCAAUGAACAAGAGGAUGAUUUACAAAAUGAAGCUUCAUCAUCAGGAAAGCAGCAUGUUGAUUAG